GUCAGAAUUCAGAACCAAUACAAAACCCAUCUUUCUUGUGACUCCAAAAGCUCACUGGAACUGUUCAAAGAUCCCAUUCCCAGAUUCAACUCAACAAUUACAAAACAAAACAAUAACUCUUUUUUUCUUCUCUCAAACCCAAACAGUUUCAAGUUUCAACUUUCAAUAUCCGUUCCAAUGCAAAACUCAAACCCAUCAUCAUCUUCCCCCCCUUCCCCUCCUCUGUUGGACACCGCACCGUUCCUCCCCCGGAGCCGCCGCCGCGCGCCGCCGUCUCUGCGCACGGCGGCGACCUUCUUCCGGCGUGCGAGCGGGCGGCGCAUGAUGCUCCGGGAGCCGUCGGUGCGUGUGCGGGAGGCUGCAGCGGCGGAGGUGGAGGGCCGGCAGAGCGAGUGGGCGUACUCGCGGCCGGUGGUGGCGCUCGACGUCGCGUGGAACGCCGCGUUCCUCGCGAUCGGCGCGUCGGUUCUCGCGCUCAGCGCCGACGAGGACCCCUGCGUGCCACUCAGGGCGUGGAUUGUGGGGUACCUGCUGCAGGGCGCGUUGCACUCUCUCUGCGUCGUUGCUGAGUUCACAAGAAGAAGAACAACAACAAUUAGUGGGACCCACUCCGGUUCUAACGUUGAAUGGAGCUUCAGUUCUGAGAGUGAUGAAGAGUUUUAUCCUUCGGAACAGUUUCUCGAGGGUGACGGAAACAGCAUCACAAAACACAUUGAGUCUGCAAAUACCAUGCUUUCAUUCAUAUGGUGGAUUGUUGGGUUCUACUGGGUAACUGCUGGUGGCCAGAGUUUGACAAGGGAUUCACCUCAGCUUUACUGGCUCUGUAUCACAUUUCUUUCUUUCGACGUCAUGAUUGUACUCAUCUGUGUUGCUGUUGCAUGUCUUAUUGGAAUCGCUGUUUGCUGUUGUCUGCCGUGCAUACUUGCCAUUCUGUAUGUGGUGGCAGAUCAGGAAGGGGCAACGAAGGAAGAGAUUGAGCAGUUGCCAAAAUAUAAGUUCAUAAUAAUAAAGGAAUUUAAGAAAGAAGGUGAUAUUGAAGAAUCUUCAAGAGGAAUAAUGACCGAAUCUGAGAGUGAGACAGCCACCGAACAUGUUAUUGCCUUAGAAGAUGCAGAAUGCUGCAUCUGCCUUUCUGCCUAUGAUGAUGGUGCUGAGCUCAGAGAACUUCCUUGCAAUCACCAUUUUCACUGCACAUGCAUAGACAAAUGGCUGCUAAUCAAUGCUACUUGCCCUCUCUGCAAGUUUAACAUUUUGAGGACUGGCAACCACCAUCAAGAAGUUUGAACUAGUUCCCUUUUGCAUUGCAUUGAUUACGUGAACAGAACCCUAUUCACAUCAACCACAGUGCUGUGUAUAUUCCUCCCCUAACCAUAUUGGGAACAGUUUGUUUCCAGCAGAAUGUGUAUUAACUAAUAUGAAUUUGAGUUCUCUCAUUUCAGCUGAUGACAUGAUCAGGUAGACACAGUGUCCUAUAUUAGAAGUCACAUUUAUUGCACAAGGUCCCAAACCUAUUGUGUAUAACUGUAUCUCUUUAAAUGACAAGGUCAUGGAGGCUAGAAUGAGAAUAUAUCCAAAUCCGUGUAUAUUGUUGGUGCUGUAAUUUUAGUAUAGAAAAUAUAAGUGCCAUGUUCGAUAAAUCUCACAGAAAACAGAA